UAAAAAUCUUCAAAUCUUGUAUAUUUUGGAUAAUGAAUUCAAUUCAAGUAUUCCUUUUGAGCUUGGUCGUUGCACUAAUCUCACUCACUUAGAUAUGAGUUCAAAUUCACUCUCUGGAGCAUUGCCUUUGUCACUGUCAUCUUUGACAAAGUUGUCUAAGUUGUAUUUAUCGGAUAAUUUUCUUUCUGGUAAUAUUUCACCAAAUUUUUUGUCCAAUUGGACCAAGCUAACAUCUUUGAUCCUUCAGAACAAUUCAUUCAACGGGUGUAUUCCAUCAGAAAUUGGCUUGCUAACCAAUCUUGAACACCUUUGCUUGGAUACAAAUCAAUUUUCUGGAAACAUUCCAACUCAAAUAGGAAACUUGCAGAAUUUAGUUUACUUGGAUUUAUCUAAAAACAACUUUUAUGGUUCAAUACCUCAAACAAUUGAAAACCUCACAAGCCUCUCAAUCUUAUUCCUUUCUACAAACAAUCUCACUGGAACACUUUUGUCUGAGAAUGAGAAUCUAACACCAACACUUAUCUCUUCCACCAUUUGCAAUAUACAUUCUCUCAAAAUUUUGGUUUUGGCAAACAAUUCAUUAUCUGGGCUAAUACCUCAAUGUUUAGGGAACCUCAGUCUCUCUGUGUUAGAUUUGCAUGGGAAUCAAUUUCAUGGGACAAUCCCAACAAGUUUUAAGGUGGGCAACCCUUUGAACAGACUUAAUUUGCGUGAAAAUCAAUUAGAGGGAACAUUGCCACGAUCUUUAAUCAAUUGUAAAGAGUUGGAAGUUCUUGAUCUUGGACACAACAACUUGAAUGGUACGUUUCCAAUGUGGUUAGGAGUUCUUCCAAAUCUAAAGGUUCUGAGCUUGAGAUUUAACAAGUUGAACGGUUCGAUAGCAAGCACAAGUAUCAAAGGAUACAUGUUUCCUCAACUUCGUGUCUUUGACAUCUCUUAUAAUGAAUUCAUAGGAGAUUUGCCUACAAUGCUUUUUAAGAUUUUUAAAGCAAUGGCAAAUAAAGAUGAAGAUAGAAUACCACAAGGACAAAUGUACCUAAAGCAGAACAACAUCUAUUACCAAGAUUCAUUAGUGAUAGGAAUGAAAGGACAAGAGCGUGAAAUGGUUAAAAUACUAAUCAUGUUUGCUGCUAUUGAUCUUUCAUGCAACAAAUUUGAAGGCCGUAUUCCAAAUAGCAUCGGAGAUCUUCUUGCACUACGUGAAUUAAAUUUAUCAAGUAACAUGUUCACCGGCCACAUCCCAACCUCUCUUGGAAAUUUAUCAGUGCUCGAAUCCUUAGACCUUUCUUCAAAUCAAAUUGGCGGAGCAAUCCCUGGGCAAUUGACAAGUAUUUCGUCUCUUGAAGUGUUGAACCUCUCACAUAAUAAGCUUGUGGGAUGCAUACCUCAAGGCCAACAAUUCAAUACAUUCGAAGCAAAUUCAUAUCAAGGGAAUGAUGGAUUGAAAGGAAAACCUUUGUCACGAGGUUGUGAGAAUGGCAAGACCCCGCAACUUCCUGCAUCAAAGGAGCUCCACCAAGAAGACGAUUCGAGCUUUUUAAGCGGAUUCACAAUAAAAGCUGUGGCAAUAGGGUAUGGUUGUGGUAUCCUUUUUGGAUUGUUCAUGGGAAGUCUCAUACUCAUAACUGGAAAGCCAAAAUUCAUUACAAAGUUUGUUGAAGAAGAAGCAUACAAACUAGUAAUGAAGGUCAAACGAAGAAGAUCAAAGAAGAAAAACUAGGUUUGCAUGCCAAUGGUUUUCUUCUUUUGCCGUCUCCACAAUCCAACUGCAUUCUUCUCCCUUGUGUGUUGCGCCUUUCUCCAGUCGGCAGAAACCAGAGGGCCACCGGUCAGAGGUGGCGUCACUAUCGAGCAGAGAGGAUCGCCGGGCAGAGGCGGCGUUGCUGUCCAUCAGAAACCAGAGGGCCGAGGCGGCGUCGGCAGAUCAGGAGAGGCGGAAGCAGUCGGAAGAUCAAGAUCGGCGUCGGCGGCGUCGGCAUAUCGUGGACUCUCGGCGGAGGCUGUGUCGGCGUUGUGGACUCGCGGCGGAGGCGGAUGCGGAGGCGGCGGAGCGAGUUGCAAACAGUUGGCAGCGAGCAGAGGAGGAAGAAGAAAUCAAGGGUAAAAUAGUCUUCACAAUUCAAUUUUUCUCCCCAAAAGCACUGGAAAACAAAAUACCAGGGUGUAGCUCGGAUUUUGUUUUCCUCCAAAAUGAAGAAUUGUAGUUGCAAUGGAAAACAAGUUCUGAUGAACCAAACAUCAGAAAUUUGCAAUUUUGGAACCUACUUCCCGUGGAAGUGCACUUCCUACCAACCAAACAUGGCCUUAAUAUCAAGUAUUCUGUAGUGAAGUGAAUAAAUUAAGACAUUAGUUAGUA